GGUCCGUGCGAGGCCAGCAGAAAAUGGCGAGUCUGUGUAAGAGCCAGCAAUGCUCUAUCGAGAGGCGCGGUUUUCGACAGGAACUUGACUCUUGGCGGCACAAGCUCAUUCACUGUGUAGGUUUUGAGACUAUUUUAGAAGGGCUGUUUGGACCUGCAUUGCUCAAUGAUCUCAGCUUAUUUAAAGACUGUGAACCCACAGGAGUAUAUGAUUGGUCCUUCGAUGAGAAUUGCCUUUUCUGCUGCUUGAGGAGACAAAAAGUUAAGGAGCAUCUAGCUGGCUUUCAUAAACCAAUUCAUGAACCUGGGCAAGAAAAUUUUCUGAAACAAGAGCAGGCAAAGAUAAUUAGACUAGAAACGCAAGCAGAAGAAUUCAUCAAUGCAGUCUUUUACAAGAAAGACUGUCCUAGGAUCUCUGAUCCUAAUAUUCCCCUAGUUGCUCGUGAGAUCAUGCAGCGAAUGAUUCGACAGUUUGCUGCUGAAUAUACCUCAAAGAAUAGCUCUACUCAGGACUCCAGCCCGCCCAACAGCACAAAGAACCAAAGCUUGCCGAAAUCACCCUCUGGACAAGGUUCGCCUCCCCCUGCCACUACCCAGAAUCCUGUGCUUAGCAAGCUUCUGAUGGCUGAUCAAGAUUCUCCCUUAGACCUCACUGUCAAGAAGCCGCAUUUGGAAGAGCCCUGUGAGCAAGAUGGAGUGCUUGACUUGUCCACUAAAAAGAGUCCUUGUUCUGGUAGCCCGAAUUCCUGCAUUUCUCCAAGUACCUCAAACACUAUAGGGAAUGGGCGACCUGGGAGACCCAGCCUUCACCGUCCAGAUGGACUUCUGCGCUGUGGUGAUGGGGUGCCUCCAAGAAGUUUGCUGGAUGCAACCAGGGAAACUUAUGGCCACUCCACACCUCUGAAAGUGCCAUUGGCUCGCUCCUUGCAGCUUAGUGAGGAAUUGCAUAGCAGAAAGUUUUCAUCAGCUGCCAGCCAUGGUUCACCUGGACUGCAGAAUCAAGGACAACAUUUGAUCUUAUCCAGGGAAGCUUCUUGGGCAAAACCGCACUACGAAUUAAACUUUGGCCGUUUAAAAUAUCGGGGAAAUGGCGCACUCAGCAACAUCAGUGACUUGCCGAUUCUCACCGAAAAUGCAAAUGCUUUUCAAAAAAAUGUUCAAAACAAGCAUGAAAUUAAAAAGGAAUUGGGCCUUUCUUCUCCAGUUGAUCUAAAAAUUCCACAGGUGCGUGGCAUGGAUUUGUCUUGGGAGUCCCGCAGUGGGGAGCUUUACAAUUACAACUCUUUGGUUAUGGGUUCACAAACUGAGAGUGCACUUAGCAAAAAAUUAAGGACUAUCCUUCCAAAGCAAAACCGAAGGAAUUUAUUGGAUACUACCACUGAUUCCUGGAGCUCAGAUGUUGAGCAGUCUACCUCUGGACAGCCAUAUUCCACCUCAGAUCAAGAAGGAGACCCUGGUUCUAAGCAAACGAGGAAAAAAAGAGGGCGAUACAGACAGUAUAACAGUGAGAUAUUGGAGGAAGCGAUAGGCGUUGUCAUGAACGGCAAAAUGAGUGUCUCUAAAGCGCAAAGCAUUUAUGGGAUUCCUCAUAGCACACUGGAGUACAAAGUCAAAGAGCGGUUAGGCACAUUAAAAAACCCUCCAAAGAAAAAGCUGAAACUAAUGAGGUUGGAAGAACAAGAUGUUGUAGUAAAAAGUGAACUGGAGCCUCAGGAAGAGGUGGAGACAUCGCCAAGUGCAAAUGAAUCUAAAGAUGAAUAGGCAUGUUGUAAAGUCUUAGGUUUAGGAAAUGAGUUGUAACCAAACUGGGCGAGCACUUCUGUCUUCUGAUGCACAGCACACUUACACCUGCUUAACUUAUUGUGAACUUUUCAGGGCAGUUUCCUAACAGACCUCUACAGGUGCAAAUUCUGUGCUCAAAAUCAGGCAGAUUACAAUUCCACACGCCCAGUGCAACCCUCAAAUACUUUAUUUGGCCUUUACGCAUGCUUUUUAUUUUCAAUAGCGAAUUGUUACCUCAGCAAGAGAACCUAUACAUGUGCAUAUGGACUCGCUGCUCUUGAGCCUGCAUGUAUUGUGUUCUUAAUGUAUAUUUUAAAUUUUUUUGAACACAAGUCCACUUUAAAAAGAAAAUUCAGGAUUUACUUAAAUAUGUCUAGGGGCGGGGAAAAAUAAGGCAGUCUAAAGAUAUUUAAACAGUUCAUUUCCUAGAAGUCUGAUUUAAGUGUUUAUGCCAAAAUGAUUAUUUCUGAAAAAUUGAAUGUACCUCAAACGUACCUUUUUUUUUGGAGGUUGUUACUUUUUUCGGAGAAGCAAAAGAAAAGGCUUUAGUUCAGCGUGGCAGUGUGCAAAGAGCACAACAUGUGGGUAUGGGUAGGCCUUAUGGACAGUACGUUUCUGACCUACAAAUGAGCGAGUAUUACUAGAGCUUUACAUUUCUUAAGUUGAACGAUUCUCCAGGGCGGGCCGUGUAGGUCCUGUUCAGCCAGGAAGCAUGGAGGCGUCUUAUCAGGUGUGCGAGUGUUUUGAAAUUUUUAAUUUUAAUAUUUUUUUUUCCUGGUGGAAUAAAAAUUCCUGUAUGUGUCAGUACACAUAUAUCUUCAUGACACACUCCAGCAACAACCGUUGAAAACAUUUCAUUGCAACUGAAGACGGACUUAAUAUUCUUCUGUAGGUUUAGAUAUCGCUUACACGACUCUGCUUCCCCCUACCCCAGACUUGGCUUACUCUGCCAUUCUACUUACAGGGAGCAUAUUGUACACACUACCUUCAAACUAUACUAAUUGCCAGAUCAACACUAAAUCUGCUGCAAAGUGAUGGUAGGGUUAUUCUGUUGACUUCAGAAGAAGUAGCCUUAUCCUCAUACUAGCUCUUCUUUUCUGGAGAUGCUGAUUUCCACACACUCCUCAGAGUUCUGGGAAAAUAUACGGAUAUGUAAAUUUUACUUGAUUUAUAUCUACUAAACUGUGUGGUUUCCGCAUUGUAGGCUUUCAGGGGUCACACACACACACACGUUUUAACGACUGUGAUAUUAUCUGGUGCAUAUUGUUUCAUAACAGUACAACCUCAUUAUUAUUCCUCAGAUUUCAGGAAUGAAGGGCACUCCUCUGGUCUAGCAUGUUUUGCUAGGAUUGAUUUUACUGUAUAAUAGUCAUUGUGUAAGCUGAUAGUCAAUCAUUGUCCGCUGUGGAUUAUCGUAAGUUGCACCAAACAAAAUGCAGCCUUUACGUCCUUUUCAGGUAACUGUUCUUUGUAAGCACUCCAUGAACCACACAGUUUUGUACUUACCUUUUGUUGGACUCUGCUCUCCAUACAUUUAUAUGCACUCCACUAUGACCUUGUUUUGCACCAAACCUUCUCUGUACUUGCACCAUUUGAAAAACCUCCUUAUUAACACUAUUCCCUUCAGUUGGUAUGCUUUAUAUGCAGUGGCAAAUGUAAAAUAGGUUUAUACCUUAAAAAGAAAAUGGGCAGCAUAGCUUGCCACGUGAUCACUGUAAUGUUACCAUGGGUGAAUUAUUUGCUAGAAUUUUUUAUAAUCUGUGUAGUUUUGUGUUUUUUGUUUUUUCCUCCUUUUUUUUGUAUAAUGGUAUCGUCCAUCGUGCAUUAAAGGGUAGGCACACACUUUACCUGAUACUUCAAGUUUCGAGGGGUUCUUCACUAACAAGACAUCAACCCUGCUACUUACAAUAACCCAUGUACGCUCGUUUUAAUUGCGUCCUGGGCGGGUACUUGCUGCCUUGCAUAGGAAAUACUCCCAUGGAUUCAAGACUGUCACCAGAACCUGAUUUGCUAAUAAAAAAAAAAAAAAAUUGGUUCCGUAUGAUACACUUCACUCACAGAUUUAAUGGAUUAAUGAAUCCCAGCAGUCUGUGUCUUUGCGGUAUAAAUGCAUUCCAGAUAUGUCCUACAACCAGGACGCGUUUCGGCAAACAUGCCUUCAUCAACAAGUAAGCCGAAACGCGUCCUGGUUGUAGGACAUAUCUGGAAUAAAUUUAUACCGCAAAGACACAGCUGCUGGGAUUCAUUAAUCCAUUGAUUGUGGAGAUUUAUCCUUCUUCCGUGCAGCAUGCACUUAGUAAGUGCUGACCAGCUCUACCCUUUACACUGACAGAUUUAGUCUCUUCAGCGAGUCAUUUUAACUUGGCACUAAGGCUGGGUUUUCAGUCAAGUUAUUUGAAGCCAAAGCCAGGAAUUGAUCAUAGAUGGAUGACACGUUAUAAGGCCUCAUGCACACGUCCACAUCUGAUCUGCACCCAUUCAUUUCAGUCGGGCCGUAAAAGAUGCAGACCAGCACACUCGUCCGUCCAUAUGUCUUAAGAAUAUGUCCUAUUCUUGUCAGUUUUAUGAAUGAGGCAUUUCAAACAGAGGUUUUAAAAAAUAUAUAUAUAUAUAAUUGGUGGCAUGCACACAGCUGAGAUCAGUGUUUUUCAGAUCGCAAAAACGGAUAUGGUCGUGCGCAUCAGGCCUAAAGGAAAGACUGAGACUUCGUCUCUUUAAAAACUGCAUAAAAAACCCAGUGGAAACCCAGUCUAAAAGUCUUGUAGAAGCAUCAGACGAAAGAUCUAUCCUGUCACAUUAUUUGCAGAGAUGACCGGUAAUGGUGGAUAUUGAGUACAUGCUCUGAACGCCCCCAUUCCCAUUUUGACUAGAUUAUACUAUAUUCUGUUUAACCGAAACAGGUUUUACUUUUCUUUUAUUGUUGGUAUGCACUUGUGUGCAUAACCAGUGAAGCCAAUCCUGUAUAUACAAAGGUUUGUCAUGCUUCUAUAUGAUUGAAGCAAAUAUACCAAGACUAUUCUUAGCCUUCACAAAAGAGUAAUAGUGUAUAAUACCUUUUAUCACUAGUUUAUGCCAUCACUUUAUGAUCGGUGUAGGUUCAACUCUGGGACUGCCACCAAUCCUAAGAAUGAAAUGGUUGCAGUGCCCAAAAUUCAGCUUAAAAUUCCAUCAUGCAGUCGGAGACCAGCAAAAAAUAAAUAAAAAUGAUCUGAUUUAGAAAUAUUUAGCGUAAACCUUGACACUAGUUCAACCUCAGGUAGUCUUCAACUGCUCUUAUGUUACUGCCAACUUACAUACUGUACUUAGCUCUGACAAUCGAGCCUGGUAAUACUGUGUGCCUACCUUUUAAAUGAAGACAUGGUACAUGUGUAGUAAUUUGCAGUUUAGAAUAGGCUCUGUAAAUAGAUUGGGUCUUUUUUGUUUUGUUUUUUUUUCUAACAUAUUCUAUGUAUACCAAACAUGUUAAACCUUUUUAACACUACUUAACUAACCUGUGACCUGAAGAUUGUAUUGCAUCUUGUCAGUUUAGAAGCAUUCCACAAAGAUCUGAAACUGAAACUUUUCAGGAAAAACGAAAAAUGGCGGGAGAAAUGUUUGAGACGGCAAGAGUUUAUUCACGGGCACUUUUCUGAUUUUUGCAGACGCAUGUAAACCGUUUUUAAGCACUAAUUUAAUUUGCAGUACCAAAAUGUCCGUUACUGUUUUGUGAGGCAGAAUUAAAAGGGGUUUUCUGGGAACCUAAAUUAUAAUUU